CCAUCAGCACAUCACAUUUAUCGGAUACAAACUAUGCAUCUGUGGACCCCAUUGACUUCUUACCAAAAAAUGGUGAUUUUCCUCAGUUUUAUCUUUCCAGCAUCUGAAGAUGCACAGUGAGCAAAACUGCAGAAGGUUACCCUGCUUCAAUCUAUCAAGGCAACAGCCAAAUUGAAUGAACCCCGUAGUCUCAGCCCUCUUAUGUCAGUAAGUUACUGCACCGGUUAUCUGGGAAGCAUGCAGGCGCCGAGCAGUCCCACUUCCCCCCUUGGGCAGGCAGAGGUCCUCUGUGCUUCAAAGCCAUGCUGGAAGGAGCCAAGGUGAAGCAGUGCAGACUGAGUUAAUGGAGGAUCCCAUUACUUCCAGUCCUUGACUUGUAUCCUGAGCAUGACUCUCCCAUCAGACAGGAAAGGUGAAGACUGGCAUUUCUAGAUGUUUCACUGUGAAUUCUAAGCAUGCCCUCCAACAUAAGCCCAACUUGCUGAAAACAGUGCAAGGGGGGCACAAGGAUACACUGGGACAUCAUGUGUGUAUUUUGUGCCAGCAUCAUGCUUUGACACACGGAAAAAAUACUUCAGUAGGCCCCAUGAAGCUACUGUGUGCUUUUGAAUGUUUCUUUUAUUUUCAGUAACUGCUCAAUGUCAAGACACGUGUAAACAGAAGCUUAUUCCUUCAUAAUCUGUCUCUUCCUGCAUGAUUCAUUCAGAGAUGCCUCAGCCUCUUGCUUUGUAUGGGAUGCGAUGUCACGAACAUUGGAUCAGAUUGCUGAUUACAAGCUUGAUUACAAAGCUGAGAACAUCUAUUUAGAAACGUUGUGUGAAAUGCAUUUAUAGCAGCAGAGAAGAACAAAUUGAUACGUUUUUCCUCUUUUUGAUUAGCUAUAGAGGGAGAUGUGUUAAUUCUCUCUAGUUGUGCUUUUAUUUUCUUGGACAAGCCUGAGGAUAGCUUUUGAAUCUCCUUAGGGCUCUGAUUUCUGCAGUUUUGGAUUUGCAUACCCUGAGAAUUUGAGCCAUUUGAGGUGAGCCACUGAUGUGGUAGCCCAAGUUCAACUCCUUGGGCAAGACUGCUGGAAUUGCCUCACUGGUUUAGUGCGCUUCAGUCCCACGACAGGGCUGACUGCUCCAGGGAGGCUGCUGCAAGGUGGCUUUGCCUGUGUGAGCACUAACGCAGUGGUCAGUCACUAGGAGCUGUUGCUGGGACAGAAUCCUGUUAUUGACCAGACUCUGACAACUGGAUAAAACCAGAUAAGUGAAUGAAUUAUAAUAGCAUUGAUCCUUGCCUCCUGCAGAAUUAAUUGCAGAAGGAAUGAGACAGAAACGUGAUCUCAUCAACCUGUGGAAGCCAUUUAACAGGCUGCAGUGGGGAGAGGGAGAAGGGUCCUCUCCAUAGGUUUCAGCUUGCAGGUCUGGUGUAGCUUGGUUGAUGGGUUUAACGGGAAAGGGGCUUAAUUAUUUCUUCAACUUAUGUAUUUUCUAGUAUCUAAGUGGUCAAUCAGCUUCCUCUCCCUGCUGCAUCACGGAAAUUGAUCUUAGCCAGCUUGGCAAGAGCAGAUUUUGGAGACCCUUUAUGAGAAGGAGACGCAUCUCUUAAGUGUUGGCUCUGUAAUAUAGAAGCAGGAGGGCUCUGAGACAAACCAGACAUAAAUGACCUUAAAUGAUGUCCAGAACAAGAAAUGAUUCCUGUGCCAUUCUCAAGCUUUCAGAGAAGUAACACGAGGGAGCAAGGUGAUUGUAGGCAGUUAGACUUUUGCUUUGACCCAUUCCAAGGCAACUAUUGUGAGACUUUUCCCAUUACACCACAUGCAUGAGAGCUCUUCUAGUUCAAGAAUAGAAACAGUAAAGUGCUGCCUCUGAAUCGAACAUUUACAGGAGCCAGUUUUUUUGCUCAGAUACUGCUUGCCAUGUAAAAGCAGAUAGUGCCAGAUGUGUUCCCACAAUGAAAAAAGCAUUUUUAUGGGUGCUUUUUCUCUCAGUGUUUCUCUGUAAGCCUGUGCACUCAGCAUUACUGCCUGGGACUUUCUGGAGAUUCCCACAGAUUACCCAAGACAGUGGUGUCACCCUUUGAGCUCUGAAACUGAAAAACACUGAAUAAGACUUUUGUCAGAGCUGUGUUUUCCAAUAUGAAACUAAUCUGAUAAAAUUAGUACCUCAGAGGGAUGGUGUCUGUCUAGAGCUGUCACAGUGCAGUCUGACACGAGUGCUUGCUAGAUGUCUAGUAUGACAGUGCCCAUCAAUGUGAAAUAACACUAGUUUUGUGCUCCCUUGUCUCUCAAAGAAGCGUUUCAAUCUGAAGUCACCCUGCAGCUCAACCUGCUGGCUCUGCCUGCCGAAUUCCUGAGCCAGUGAUGCCUCACGCUACAGAUCAGCCUCUCCGAGCGCUCAGUUCCUGAUUGAGCUCUCUACAUGGUUUGCUCCUAGCACACUGAUAUAUUAGUAUGCGAUAAAUUGUUAAUGGUGAUGGGGGACUGUUGCAACCAUUUGUGAACAGACCUCAUCUGUUUCUAGAGAGCCAGUGGGUUUGACUCAGCCCCUGCAUUAGGCGUUUGAGGAUUAUUCACAGCAGGAUCUGGAAGUGCUUUGCAGAUAGCUUCCCUUGUAAAAAUGUUUGAAAGAGACUUGGAUAGCUAAUGCUGUUUUAAUUUGUGGUUUUCCCCCUCUUUCCUGGACAACUGUCAACAGAGCCAAUCUUUCUGGUCCUGCGACCAUUCCACAUAAACACUAACAUGGAAGUCACUUGAUAAAACCUAGGGCUUUCCUAAACUACUAGUCACUGCUCAUCCAAAGAAAAGCUGAUGAUUUUUUCAUAGGAGCCAGAAUUAGAGCCUGGAUCUGUUAGAGCGGCACGCAAUUAACUGGAGGCUGUGGCCUCCAUCUGGAGUCAUCCAGGAGUGUCCUGGAGCUUUUUCAUCUCUUGCUUCAACAGUAUUUUCUACUUUACUGCUUUCUAGCUAUCCCAGAUGCCAAACUGUUAAAUAUUAACACUCUGCCUAGAAACCCGAAAUACACCAUUCGGGACAUGUAGGAACCAGCUUGGGUAGUUGCAUCUUUCCAGGUGACUGUAUAGGAAAGUACCUGUCUGUACGGCACUCUCUGUGUGCGGUGGCAGGAGUGGCAAAUCUUGUUAGGCUUUGUGCUGUCACAACUGUGCCAAGACAGAAGAGUGAAACAGAAGGGAGAUCAUGAGGAGUUCACUGCAUGCUCUGGUAAGAGAUUCUUGAUUAAAUCUGUGGUCACUGGGCGGACAAAGUAGAUUGGGUACCUAUGUGAGAACUGUGCUGCCUUCAUACGGCGAGAUAGGCCAUUCGCUCUUCCUUGCCCAGAUACUAAAAUCCCAUUUAUGAUAUGGUAGUUGAGCAGCACUGGAGAGCUUGCUAUCCCUUGGGGUCCCAGAGCUUGACUUGUCUCAACACACUGCUAGUGCUUAACUUUUUGCAAGCUAUCCUGGGAAGGUAGAGGAAGGAGAUGAAAGCGUCGUCUCCAAUUUAGAGUGAAGCUUUGUGGGUCUGAAUGUGAUCCUUAUGUGAGUGAGCUUUGACAGCGAGCUGGUGAGCACCCCCUUCCCAUAAGGUACUUGCAGCCCUUCUGGGCUGCAGUGGGAUUCCAGCCUGGCCUUGGACUGCAUUAAACAUGUAGGUGGUUUUGUCUCUUUAAAGGGUUUUCCAGGAAUGUGCGUGAUAUUGAAAAUGGAUUUAAAGGGUCUAAAGAGCAAAUGACUAAUGAUUUUGUUGAGGUAUUCACGUAGUAAAUGCUUUCUGCGGGUGGGGAUGAGCUGAGACUGGUCAUGCCUUAGAUCUGGGGACACAACAAGAGCAUUCAGAGAACAAAAGUCUUUUCCUUCAGCGCUAGCGUUUGGUUCCCUCCAUCUUCUCUCCGUAUUUUGUUUGGGAAGUCCUCGGUUGGACCUUCAGAGUGUAACACAAAGUCUUUGCUGGCCAGAGGGUAUCAUGAUUGGGAGUUGCCACAUUUUUUAAUUAUCCUAGGAAUUCCUUUUUAAUUGAUUCAUGAGCCACUGCCACUUCAGUCUGGUGAAAAGUGAUUUCUGUUUGUAUCUCAGCAGCCUUGUUGAAUGCCUUCUGCAUAUUGGAAAAGAUGUUUCAUUUGCAUGCUCAGAACAGCCUAACGAGAACUUGAAAUCUGUUUCCUCCACAACAUUUUUGGUUUUUGGCUUGCUGCAGGGUGAUUCAUCCUUGCUGGUCUGUUGGCAUUUUUAAUAUAAACAAGUGGCUUAAAUUAAGGUUUAGAAAAUAGUUAUAUGAGGCUGUAUUGGGGUCUGAUAGCAUUUUUGGAUCUUGGGAACUGUUGCCCUUAGUCAAAGUCUGGCCCAGACCAUUAGUGUGAUCUCCUUAUAGAAGGAGUCUACUGACUGCAAAUGUUCAGGAUAUUUGACUUCAGUCAAAAUCCUGAAGAGAAGCAGGAUUUCAGUUUCCAUAGCUUUUCUCACUUUCUCCUAUUUUUCCCUCUGGCCUCAAAACCUGAAGUCUUGGGAUGUGGCUAAGCCUAACUGAUGUACUGGAAUUCAGUGUUAGCUUGUGGUAAUUCUACUGCACAGCCUUGUUAUGAUAAAAAUAUCUGUCUUGUGUUGCUGUUCAUAAGAGCUGUUAAUUACCACAACAAAACACUAAAUUUGGGAGGUUUCAUCUUACACAUUGGGAUCUAAUGUUCCCCGGCAAGUGCAUGUUUUGAGCUGCAGUCUGCCCCCUGAGCUUUAUGAUAAAAGCAGAGCAACCUGUUCUAGAAAAACAUAAUGUCACUUGAAUAUUUCCUGCCCUUGGCCACCACAGGUUUUUCUUUAGAUUUCACUGUUCUAUCCUGUUUAGAAUUAUUUAAAACACAUGACUCUGCCCAUUUCCUCUGAGCCUUUUGUUAUCUAAAAUGGUCUCGCCCUUAGACUGUUUCUGAUAGUCAACCCCUUCGCUCAGCUUCAUUUGUCUUAUUCCUUGUAUCUGUCUAAAACAGGACUUUUCUCUGAGCACACACAGGCCUCCUCUUAUUGUUUCGUUUGUCAGAAAAUACACUGAAAAAUAAAGCUCCUGAUUUUUUUGCAGCAGGACUAAGCAGCUCCUGUUGGCAUGUGUGGAAAGUACGGACGUUCAGCGGCCCUGCAAGAGAGCUAUAAGUGUGGCUUUUGUGCGUCUGCAGCUGCCCUGCUGUCUUAUCCUGGGCUCCUGCAUUGUAGAGGCUCACCCUGUGCGGAGCGCCCAGGUGAUAACACAUCAGAUAAUGCACUUUGGGAUGAUUCACCUGAUAACAAGGCCACGCACCAAACUCAGAACUGAGAUUCUUCAUACCUCGAUGAGCUCUCCAACAACAACUCCCUCUUCUCAUCCCCUGCGGAUUCCCUCUCUGACAUCGCAGAUCCUAAGGACUUCUUGCCUGCCGAUAGGCUGAACCACGUGCCAACGCUAUGGGAUGUAAACAUGCCGCAGCAGAACCAAAUAGAGCUGUUCUCUCCCAGCAGAUCAUUCAGUGGCUUAAACAGUUUGAAUGACCAUGUCCCUGCUGUCCCCAACACCCCACUCCUCAUAAGCUAUCAGUCUCAGGCUCCUGCAGAGGAGGAGGAUGAAGGUGAGGAGGAAGAAACUGAAGAGUUGGGGCAAACGGAGACAUAUGCAGAAUAUAUACCUUCAAAGUCCAAGAUUGGGAAACACCACCCUGACCUUGUGGUUGAAACGAGCACUCUAUCCAGCGUCCCCCCACCCGAUAUCACCUACGAGCUUUCCCUUCCACGCUCCAUUGCUGACAAAGGGUCACUCUCUGCACUACAGCUGGAAGCAAUCAUUUAUGCCUGCCAGCAACAUGAAGUUUUAUUACCCAAUGGGCAGCGAGCGGGGUUCCUCAUUGGAGAUGGUGCUGGAGUUGGAAAGGGCAGGACAGUUGCCGGGAUCAUCUUUGAAAAUUACCUUAAAGGGAGGAAAAAAGCUCUGUGGUUCAGCGUCUCCAAUGAUCUUAAGUAUGAUGCUGAGAGAGACCUGAAGGAUAUUGAAGCAUCCCACAUUCCUGUGCAUGCUUUGAAUAAGAUUAAAUAUGGUGACACAGCUACCUCAGAAGGAGUCCUCUUUGCCACUUAUUCUGCUCUGAUUGGUGAAAGCCAAGCAGGCGGACAGCACAGGACACGCUUAAAGCAGAUUUUGGACUGGUGCAGGGAAAAUUUUGAUGGAGUUAUUGUAUUUGAUGAAUGCCACAAAGCCAAAAAUGCUAACUCCACUAAAAUGGGCAAAGCAGUGCUGGACCUUCAGAACAAACUGCCUCGAGCAAGGGUUGUUUAUGCCAGUGCCACAGGUGCCUCUGAGCCAAAAAACAUGAUUUACAUGAGCCGCCUGGGGAUCUGGGGGGAGGGCACCCCUUUCCGAGCGUUUGAUGAGUUCCUGCAUGCAAUUGAAAAGAGGGGAGUUGGUGCAAUGGAGAUCGUGGCAAUGGACAUGAAGGUCAGUGGAAUGUAUAUUGCCAGGCAGCUCAGCUUCACUGGAGUGACCUUCAGAAUAGAGGAGAUCCCGCUGGAUCAGCAGUACAAGAUUGUCUACGAUAAAGCAGCAAAGCUGUGGGCAGAGGCCUUGAUGGUGUUCCAGCAGGCAGCCGACUGCAUUGGCUUGGAGUCUCGGAAGUCCUUGUGGGGUCAGUUCUGGUCUGCCCACCAGCGCUUCUUCAAGUAUCUCUGCAUUGCUGCUAAAGUCCGGCGACUCGUUGAGCUUGCCAAGGAGGAGCUGGCAAAAGAUAAGUGUAUCGUCAUCGGCCUGCAGUCCACUGGAGAGGCUCGCACCAGAGAAGUCCUGGAUGAGAAUGAUGGGCAUCUAAAUUGUUUCGUCUCUGCUGCUGAAGGCGUCUUUCUAUCACUAAUUCAGAAGCACUUUCCUUCAACCAAAAGAAAGAGAGAAAAAGGAACUGGCAUUAAAAGAAAACGGAAGCAGAAGGGCCGCUGCACCAAGGCUCUGAAGGGUGUAUGUGACCCUGCCGGUGUGAUCAAGAUCAGUGAUGACAGCAGCACUGACUCCGACAUGGGGCUCGACAGUGACUUCAACUCCUCCCCAGAGUCCGUGUUUGAGACAGAUGAUGUCAUCUUCGUUGAGCCCACCUACAACGGCUUUGCAGCUGAGAACACAAGCAAUUUUCACUUGCUGCCUUCCCAAAAAGAGAUGCAUGGCCUGAGAGAACUAGAACAUGUGGAAAAGAUGAAACAGGAUCUCCUAGCAAAAGUAAAAGCACUGGGAAAAGAGCUACCUCUCAAUACCCUCGAUGAACUGAUCAAUCACUUUGGGGGCCCGGAGCACGUGGCAGAGAUGACUGGGCGUAAGGGCCGGGUAGUAUGCAGACCGGACGGCUCUGUCAUGUUCGAGUCACGUGCAGAACAAGGCCUUUCUAUAGACCACGUCAAUCUGAAGGAGAAGGAGCGUUUUAUGAACGGGGAAAAGCUCGUAGCAAUAAUCUCCGAGGCCUCUAGCUCAGGUAUCUCUCUCCAAGCGGACAGACGGGUGAAAAACCGGAAGCGGCGGGUCCACAUGACACUGGAAUUGCCCUGGAGUGCAGACCGGGCCAUACAGCAGUUUGGUCGAACGCACCGCUCGAAUCAGGUUUCUGCUCCAGAGUAUGUCUUCCUUAUCUCUGAGCUGGCAGGGGAGAGGAGGUUUGCAUCUAUCGUGGCAAAACGUCUGGAGAGCCUAGGUGCCUUAACCCAUGGAGACCGAAGGGCCACUGAAUCCCGAGACCUCAGCAAGUACAACUUUGAGAAUAAGUAUGGGGCUAAAGCACUAGACAGAGUCCUCUCCACUAUCCUCAACCACAUGGAGAACAAGGUUCCUGUGCCUAAGAGCUAUGAAAGAGGAGAAGCUUCAUUUUUUCAAGAAAUGAAACAAGGCCUCAUCUCUGUGGGGAUCUGCUGCAAUCAGAUUAAGUAUGGCACCGUCUCGGUGGAGAAGGACUGCUCCAUCACCAAGUUCCUAAACCGGAUCCUGGGUCUAGAGGUGGACAAGCAGAACAUGCUUUUCCAGUACUUCUCUGACACCUUUGACUAUCUGAUCGAAAAGGAUAAGAAGGAGGGCAAAUACGACAUGGGCAUACUAGAUUUAGCCCCAGGAGUGGAUGAGAUCUAUGAGGAGAGCAAGGAGGUCUUCCUGACCCCUGGGCACCCACAGGACGGGCAGGUCGUGUUUUAUAAGAUCAGCGUCGACAGAGGCUUGAAGUGGGAGGAGGCUUAUGAGAAGUCACUCAAACUGACAGGGUCUUUUGAUGGGUUUUAUCUCUCCUACAAGAUGCGAGGAUGCAAACACACCUGUCUGCUGGCAGAGCAGAGCCGGGGGAAGAACUUCAUCCUCUACAAGCCAAACAUUGGGAAGCAAAGCCAGCCUGAGAGCCUGGACAGUCUGCACAAAAAGUAUCGACGGGUGCUGCCUGAGGAGGCCAAAGAGCACUGGGAGAGCAGUUACCACUUCUCCUUGAAGAAUUGUAACCACGCUGCCUGGAACAGGAGCUGCAAGCUGAUCCAGGAGGGGAAGGAGUGCUUCCAGGGCAUGCGACUGCGUCACUACUACAUGCUGUGCGGGGCCCUGCUGCGGGUCUGGAGCAAGAUCGCUAGCAUCAUGGCAGACAUCACUAACACCAGCUACCUGCAGAUCGUCCGCCUCAAGACCAAAGAGAAGAAGAAACAAGUCGGGAUAAAGAUCCCCGAGAGCUGUGUUCGUAAGGUGCUGGAGGAGCUGAAGCAGAUGGAUAAGAACGUGAAGCAGAAAAACAGCCAACUCCUCCUGGCCCAAGAGCAGAGCCUAACGUUCUCCCUGCCACCGCGCAUCCUGCCGCAGCCUCUGGACCUCACACAGGUGAGGCCCGGGGUCCCAUUGCCCAGGCACUCCCUGCACCAGGACGAGAUCCUGGACUUGACUUGCAGCCCUCCCAGCAACAGUAUCCCCGAUGUGGUGAUGAACCCAGAACCUGGUGCUUUGUGCUUCCCCUCAGAGCCUCUUCUCCAGCCACACCAGCAGCACGGGUUACCCUUUGGCUUCAGCCACCCUUCUGCCUUCAAGAGCCCAGCCCCAGUCCUGGAGGGGAACAUGCCUCUGAGCUCACCCCUGCAUGAACAUUUGCCUCUUCCUCACCCUGGACCCUUGCAGACACUGCAGCAGCAGCAGGAAGACUUUGUCCAGCAGAAUGGGAAUAUCAAUUUUAGAGAGAUACUAGAGGAGAUGCUGAGGACGUUAAACAUGGCCCCCCAAGAGAACAUACUGUCCCAGGAGCGCCAGAGUGUGAUCCAUUUCAGUGGGCCUUUCUCUGACUUCUGAAGUUCAGUUGAGCCCAGUGUAGUGCUGGGCAAACCAGGCGCUGCUCAACCGCUGUGGAUCCAUAUCCCUUGGUGCAGAGAUGGGAGUUGGGGAGCCCUGGCUUUUCUACUGGUUUGGACUGAUCCGUUUCUGUUUCUGAGGGGAGAAGAAAGAAAAAAGUAUAGUUCCUUAAAGCAAAGUUUAUUUAUAUAUAAUAUACAGUCACGCAUGUAUAGAUUUGUAUAUAACGUGCUUGGGGGGAGUUGAGUGCUGCCAAGCUCAGCUGAUUUGGACUGAUGGUCUCUGCUGUGUCCGAGUCCUGCUCAAAGGUCAGUGCCCCUGUGGGACAGAGGGGAGACACCCCCUUCUCUCCAUGCUCAUCCCUCUGUAGACUACUGAGUUUUCCAGGCUGGGUUAUCCCUUCCCCAGCCCUCCAGCCCACAGGUCUGCAGCAACUGCUGACUGCACUGGUUCAUUACUGAACGGGGCAGGGGCAUGUCUGGUCUCAAAACGAUCUGGUGACCAGAGCGCUGAUCCAUUAUUGAAAUGGGAGAGCCCAGUCCGCUCCUGACAGCUGCCUGACCAAGCUGUAUCUGCGUUGGCCAGUGCCAGCUUUCCUCCUGGGCUGCACCAGCCCUGCUGUGCACCUUGAGACUGCUCUGAACCUUGGGUUCUGGAGGGCUGCGUGUGAAGGCAGAGGUGAAGGGCAAGGUAAUGACGUUCCAGAGUAGUUGGGAGCCACUGAGCUAGUGUCCAUCUGUGCAGGGUUGAGCAGACUUAGUUGAGAGAAGCAAAACUGACUGCUCCUGGUCUGCCUUCCCUGGGAAGGGAUCCUGACACCUCUGGGGCUGCCUGAGCUCUGCAGGAAAGGGCAGGAGCUGUCUGUCCCAGGGCCUCAUUUGUCCCUAUUGUUCAGUGAGCUCAGCCAUGCUGGGACCACUUGGGGGAUUUCCUGAAGCAGAAGGGCUGUGUGUCCUGUCAGCCUGUCCCAUAGCCCCUGGCCAGCCUGCGCCUCAGCCCCACAAGUUGCUGCAUCUCUGGCUGGCCGUACUUUUUCCAACUAGCUAUCAUGUAGUGUCUUUCUGUCUGGCCAUCUAACUAGUCCUGUUCUACAUGGUUUGUCCUUGGCUGGGCCAUGGACACAGGCCUGGGUGUCUGGAUCUUGGUGAUCCAGCCCCACCACUGAUCUCAGUGAGAGCCACUGCAAGGUCCCAGAAGGGCUUAGGUCCCUGGCAAGCACCAGGGUUGUGCAGUAUUGCUGUUCAUGUGCAAAUCCAGCCUCCAAUACCAAAGAGUAAACGUCUGCUUUGCAAAGCACUGCCCCAGACAACCCAACUGCCUGUCCAGCUCCAGGUCAAGCCAGGAGCUGUUGGCGAGCUGCUUUCUCUCCAGGACAUGUGUAGCCUCUAGCCACCUCUGCCACCAUCCCCGGGCACUUGCUGCUGUUUCAGAAGCGUCUCAACCUCGGCAGGUCCCGGGGAAAUUGUCCUUUAUUUUCUCUUUUUAAUCAAAGGAGUCUGGCAGGAAGCUGCCUGCUGGCAGGAAUACUCCCGGCCCUGGCAACUCCUCUGCAAGCCUCCCUUCUGCUGCAUUUCUUUUCCCUGCUUUGAAUCAUUUAGGUAUUUCCUGGAAGCAGCACCAGGAUAUUUUCCAGGGAAGGACUUCAAACCUGCCAUGUCUGGCCCAGCCCUCCCUCAGAGAGGGACCUGGGGAAGGAGGCCCAGCCUGGGAAGUGGCCUCUGCUGGGGACCCCCCUGCCCUGAGAGGUCAGUCUUGAAGGUGCCGACACUUUACAUGUGCCUGGUUGAUCCUCACCUCCAGGCAAAGAGCCUUGACCCUCUGGCGGCACAGAGACCGGCCGAGUGCCCGGUUUGCCGUUGGGAUGUGCUUUGACUCGGCCUCAGCAGUGUUAGUGCUCCCGCUGAGACAGGAGCCGCCCUUCCCAGUGUGUUAGACCAUGGCUUGUUUUGAGGUUGGCCUGGCUGUGAUCCUUGCCCUUCGCUUUUAGGGGUUUAUAUUUACCCCGCCUUCUCCCCAGCUGGUAUCUGCCUCCUGCCAACCCUUCCUCUGGCCUGGGAAGAGCUGUGGCAGUGCCCUCACGUACCGGCAGGGCCCAGGGUGUCCCUGCAGACAGGGCUGCUCAGGGGCAGCAUUUGACUAGCGCUCAAGGAAAGCUCCUUACCUCAAAGUAAACACCAAAGAUCAGAAGCCCUCCCCAGCACCUUUCUGGACAGAGCACCCUGGGGGGGUUCCCCUGGAUCCUGGGGGUCACCCCUCUCAUGGUGACACAACAGCCUUUUCCUAGUCCCAAACAGGGCAAGGCUCGCCCCUUCCCCAGCCCCACGUGUUCCUCUAUUUAAAAUGCUUCCCAGUUCACAACAGUCAUGGAGAACCUGGAGGGGACCGUUGGCUCCGGCUUCACCCCGUCCUGGUUCGUUCACUUGGCGCUUGCUGAAUUCUCAGCAAUAAGAGAAAAACGCAUGCCAAGAAAACCCAUUUCAAAAAGGCUUAAACUCAGGAAUAGCAACAAGGUAUUCUUGCUCUAGGCACCCUCUGCCAGACACCUCUUCCCAGGAAGGAACCAGAGCACCAUUACCUGGAGUCUUAUCUGGUGGCUUUGUUGAUGUUACUUUUAAAAUAUAUGCAAUUCCCCCUCCCUGAUCUCUGGAAAGACAGAGAGCACCUUCAAGGAAAUCCUUCCCUGCCCCAAUCCUGUGUUUUUGUCAGGGUUAAUAAUAUGUAACGAUAUCUUUUAACUAAAUUAUUAUGCAGUUGUCCUACUGAUUGUAUGUAUUUUUAAAUGGGUCCCUUUUUUUCCUUCCUUAAAACUUUUUGUUAGCACUUUUUAAUCUGCUUGUUGUUUGCCUUUGUUUUUCUAUGUGUAUUUAUAAUUAAUUGAGAUGUAUAUAUGUAAAGAGAUUUUUUUAGAAUAUGUGCCUUUGACUAAUAAUUCCUAAAUUUUCUACUUGCCUCAGAAGGAUAAUUUUUCAUUCUGCUCAGUAAAAAUGGAAAGGAAGCCA